AGUAUUUUAAUCCACGCAGGAAGAAGGAAGAAUCGAAGAGAAUUCUCUCCAAAAUAUGAUUUGUUUGGCCCCCAUUGCCGCUUCCAGGAGCUGGACUUUACGCGGUGCAAUGCUUCUAUUAGCCCUGCAGCUAAUGCCAACAACAACUGAGGCCCUGCAGCAUACCGAAGAGGGUUUGGAGUUGCUAUUCCGUGAACGAUCUCAAUCCGAUUGGGAGAAUGUUUGGCAUCAGGAGACGCAUUCGCGAUGUCGCGACAAAUUGAUACGUCAAUUGUAUUGGGCCUGUGAAAAGGAUAUUUAUCGUUUAACGCGGCGUAAUCGCAAACGGACGGGCAACGAUGAGGCCUGGCUAAAGCGUAGCAUUAAUAAUUCUGCAAAUCCUGGUUCCGCUGCCUCCACUUGGUUGCAUGUGAACUAUGCCAAUAUGUUACUAAGGACACGACGAUCGGGCGCUCCAUCGAUAACCAAUGAAUGUUGCACCAAGGUGGGCUGCACCUGGGAGGAGUAUGCCGAGUAUUGUCCAUCCAAUAAGAGACGCAAUCAUUACUGAAUUGCUUUGAAUUCAAAAAUUGAAACAAAAAUUCAGAUUAU